UGCCUGCUGCAGGGCUGCCGGAUCUACCUGUGUGGCACCAAGAGCGACCUGCUGGAAGAGGACAGGAGGAAGCGCGGCGUUGACUUCCAUGAUGUCCAGGACUAUGCCGAUGAGAUCAAGGCAGACCUCUUUGAGACCUCCAGUAAGACAGGACAAAGCGUGGACGAGCUGUUCCAGAAGGUGGCUGAGGACUAUGUCUACUUCACUGCCUUCCAGGUGAUGACAGAGGAGAAGGGUGUCGACUUGGGCCAGAGGAGUGGUGCCUACUUCUACGGCUGCUUCCACCACUGA